AUCACUUUGAUAGUUGAUAUUCGAGAUGAACUUGUCGAUGUUGUUUUGGAGGUUUCCCAGAUAUUUAAAUGUGCGUUAGCUAUCACUUUGAUAGUUGAUAUUCGAGAUGAACUUGUCGAAGCAAGUCCGUUUAGCUUGUCUGAUGCCUUUGUUGCGAAGGGCGUCCCACUUUCUUUUCAGUUCCUCAAGGUGCGGCGUCCCGCUUUCUUUUCAGUUCCUCAAGGUGUUUUGACUCCGUUCUUCCAGUCAGAUCAGCAGUGUUGCGAAGGGCGUUUGUUCUUCCAGUCUGAUCAGCAGUGUUGCGAAGGGCGUCGCGCUUCCAGUCUGAUCAGCAGUGUUGCAAAGAGCGUCCCUCCCAGUCUGAUCAGCAGUGUUGCGAAGGGCGUCCCUCUUACACUGAUCAGCAGUGUUGCGAAGGGCGUCCCGCUUUCUUUUAGCUUCCUCAAGGUGUUUGGACCAAAACACUCGAUAGUGUUUAUGUGUUUAGACCAAAACACUCGAUAG